AUGGCCGACUUCCAGGCAAAAUCCAAUGUCUUCUUGAAUUGGUUCAAGUCUCAAACUGGAGCCACAUAUGAUUCGCGACUUCAACUCACCGAUCUGCGUGACAGAGGAGCAGGACGAGGAAUCAUCGCCACCACCGACAUCCCCGCCGAAACAGAUCUCUUCACCAUCCCAAGACAAAGCGUCAUCAGUGUGGAGAACUCGGAUCUGUCGAAAAAGCUACCUAGAAUAUUUACUGGACUGAAGAAUUUGGAUGCUGAUGGUGAUGAUGGUAUGGCCGAUGGCGACGACGAUGAGGAGGACAGUCUGAUUAUGCCUGACCCUUGGCUGGAUUUGAUCAUGGUUAUGGUGUAUGAGUUUUUGCAGGGUGAGGAUUCUGCGUGGAAGACUUAUUUCGAAGUUUUGCCUGAUAACUUUGAUACUUUGAUGUUUUGGAGUCAGGGCGAGCUUAAUGAGCUGCAAGCUAGUGCUGUCAAGGACAAGGUGGGCAAGGAGUCUGCUGAUGAGAUGUUCAAGACAAAGGUGUUGCCUGUUGUCAAGGCUCACGAAGACGUAUUUUACGCUGGUGGUGCACAGAAGCUGUCUGAUGAGCAAAUUGUCGAGCUUGCACACAGAAUGGGCAGUAUCAUCAUGGCCUACGCUUUCGAUCUCGAGAACAGCGAGGAAGAGGAAGAUGAUGAGCAAGAAGGCUGGGUACAGGAUCUGGAAGGCACUCAAGCCAUGGGUAUGGUGCCAAUGGCUGAUAUGCUCAACGCCGAUGCAGAAUUCAACGCACAUCUCAACCAUGGCGAGGACUCAUUGACAAUGACUUCAUUGAGAGAGAUCAAGGCUGGUGAGGAGGUACUCAACUACUACGGUCCUCUUCCAAACUGCGACCUUCUGCGUCGCUACGGCUACACCUCAGCCAAGCACGCCAGAUAUGAUGUGGUCGAAGUACCUUGGGAGAUCAUCGCCAGCACAAUCGACAAGAGAUUCACAGGCAAGAAGGGCGUACUGGAUGAGGAAGACAUGGAAGAAGGAUUUGUCCUCGAGCGCGACUCUGGCGAACCCGAUGAUACCGGCAUCAACACCUACCCUGCCAAAUUCGUCGCCUUCCCCGAAGAACUAGAAGAACAAGUCUGUCAAGUCACUGCACCAGCCUUGAGCAUUGACCUGAACCGUGGACCCAACAAGGCACAGCGAAAACAACUCAAGUCGACAUUUUUCGAAAUCAUGGAUGCAGUAAUUCCUGCGAGAUUGGCUCAAUACGGCACUACGAUUGAACAAGACGAGCAGUUGUUGAAGAACACCGACCUUGAAGGAAGACACAGAAUGGCUGUUGUUGUGCGUCUCGCCGAGAAGAAGUUGUUGAAGGAGGCCAAGGAGUUCAUUCCUGCUCAGCUGGAAAAGCACAAGCCUGUGCAAGAGGAAGAGGAAGGACGCAGUGCCAAGAGACAAAAGAGGUAA